AUGAGGGCACCGUCUUUUCGGUCGGCGACAACUAUUGCGGCCAGCGUCGGCGACUUUGAGGGCAGGGCCGCCCCGACACGGCUCGCCUCGCUCUCCGCAACGCCAAUGCGCUCCGUCGCGGCCGGAGAGAGGCACGCCGUCGCAGUCUCGAUUGCAGGCGACGUCUACGCGUGGGGAUCGCGCCGUCACGGCGCGCUCGGCCUCCCGCUCCUGGCCGGCUCGGAGGCGCGCGGCCUGCCCACACCCCGUGCGGUGCCUGCGCUGCGCGGCCGCCGCGCUGUGGCCGCCGCGUCCGGCUCCGACUGGGCGAUGGCGCUGCUCGAGGACGGGAGCGUCUACUGCUGGGGCAAGGGCGUCCAGCCGCGAGGCGGCGGCGGCGGGGCGAGGGGCGAGGGCGGAGGCGAGCCCCCCUCGCCGCGGAGGCGCGCUCUCUCCGCAGAGGCGCUCAGCUCGGCCGCGGGCGCCGCUCCGUCUGGCACCGCCACGCCGCAGCUGCUCGAGCUGCCGGCCAGCUGCACCGCCGUGGCGGCCGGCCGCUCGCACGGCCUCGCGCUCUGCGGCGGAGGCGACGCCGCCGUCUACUCGUGGGGCGUCGGCGACUACGGCCAGCUCGGGGCCGGAGCUGCGCUGGAGCGGCCACACGCGGAGCGGCUGCCUCUGCCGCUCGGCGUCGCGCCUCGCUGCGUCGCUGCGGGCGGCUACGGCAGCGCUGCGGCGGGCGAGCUGGGGCCGCCGCAGCCUCCCGCCCUCUCCGCCGGGUCUGCCCUCUGCCUCGCAGACGGCCGCCGGUGGGGCGAGCUCGCCGAGCGGGUGGGCGCUGUCUUCGCGUCGCCGGCGCUGCUGGCCGCGUGCUUCGGCGCGGCGGACGGGUCGUACGACCCCGCGGCGCUCGAGGCGACGUACGUGACGCUGAUGCGCACGUACGAGGCUGCGCCUCCCGUGGUUGCGGCCCUGCGCGCCUCCAUCCCGCGCCUGCUCUCGCACCUCGGCGGCGAGAUCGAGGCGGCGCAGGGCGCGCAGACGGCGCUGCUCCAGAACCCGCUCCUCUCCCACUCGAGCGAGGAGGCGCACGCGCUGACCCUCGCGGGCCGGCUCGCCUACCUCUCGCCGCCUAGACACUUCCUACACACUUCCUACACACUUCCUAGACACUCACUUCCUAGGCUCGCCUCCCUCUCGCCGCCGGCCUCGCGCCGGGCGGCGGAGCUCCUCUCGGCGGCGCCGAACGAGGUGCUCGGCGGGCGCGUCGUCCGCCCGCUCCGAGAGCUGCUCGAGCGGCUCUUCUGCCGCGGCGGGUCCCUCGCCGCCCUCACAGAGCGAGUGGCGCCCGUCGUCGGCACACUCUCGCUCGCGCGAGACGCGUCUGCGCUCGCCGCCGCGCGCGGGUUGCCCGCCGUCCCCGCGGCCGAGUUUCGCUGCGCGGCCCUGUCGGAGCGGCUGUGCGCCGUCCCGACGCAGCAGCUUCCCAACGGCACACACCAGCAGACCGGCCCGUCCGGGCUGCAGCGAGACUACGCGGCUUGGGCGCAGGGCGAGGCCGGCUUUACCUUCUGCUCGCAGCCGUGGCUCUUCUCGGUAGCGGCCAAGGGCAAGCUGCUGCAGCUGGAGGCUGCGCUGCGCAUGCAGCACAGCCAGCAGGUCGCGCUUCGCCACUCGCUCUUUGGGCCGCAGCCGCGGCUGGGCAUCGGCGCAAAGCGCGGCGCGCUGGCCUGGCUCCCCGCCGACGUGGCUGCUUUGGAGCGCGGUCGCGAGGCUGUGGCUGCCGCGGAUGCGGCGGCGCCGUUUCUGGUGCUGCGCGUCCGGCGCGCGAGCCUCGUCGAGGACGCUCUGGAGAGCCUCGCGGGCAACACGCCUCUCUCGCUGCUCAAGCCGCUGCGCGUGGUCUUUGUCGGCGAGGAGGGCAUCGACGAGGGCGGUCUCCGGAAGGAGCUCUUCCAGCUGCUCAUCGAGGCGCUCUUCACGGGAGGGUACGGGCUCUUCGUGUGGAACGAGGAGGUGCGCUGCUUCUGGUUCUCAAGGGACAGCCUCGCGCAGGAGGGCGCGGCGGACUACUUGCUCGUCGGCCUCGUCGUCGGCCUCGCCAUUCACAACGGCACCGUGCCGACGCUGCUCUUCAGCCAGGUCCUCGGCGAGCCCUCCGCCUCGCUCGAGUCGCUGAAACAGGUCGACCCCGAGCUCGCGCGCGGGCUGGCCCAGCUGCUCGAGUUCGACGGCGACGUCGAGGUCACCUUCAUGGCCACCUUCACCGUCGCGGCCACAGCGUGCGGCGAGCCAAAGACUGUGGAGUUGUUGCCUGGCGGUGCCGACCGGCCUGUGACCAACGAGAGCCGCGAGGAGUACGUCCGCUUGGUGGUGGAGCACAUCCUGCUCACCGGGGUCCGGCCCGCCUUUGACGCCUUCCGGCGCGGGCUGCUCACGCUGUGCGACGGGCCGGCGCUCUCCUUCCUCUCGCCGGAGGAACUGGAGGAGCUGGUCUGCGGCACGCCGCACCUCGACUUUGCGGCUCUGCAGGCUCGCCCCGCUCGCCCGCUCGCCCCCUCGCCCCCUCCCGGCCUCCCUCCAGCGGCACGUGCCUGGGUGCAGGCGAACACCAGGUACGACGGCUUUCGGGAGACGGAUGUGACGGUGAAGCACUUUUGGGAGGUUGUGCACGCCUACUCGACAGACGAGAAGCGCGCCCUUCUGGCUUUCGCGACGGGUUGCGACCGCGCGCCCGUGGGCGGGCUCGGCAAGCUCAAGCUGAUCCUGCAAAAGUCAGGCCCAGACUCGAUGGCACUGCCGCACUCGCACACCUGCUUUAACCUUCUCGCGAUGCCCGCCUACACCAGUCGUGGCAAGAUGCGCGACCGGCUGGGCAUCGCCAUUCACAACGCGAAGGGCUUUGGCCUGCAAUGA